CCAUUCUCUUUCAGGCCCGCUGAAGCAGCGGGGUAAGAUGGCGACAGCUGGAGGGUUGGGGAAGCUCCUUUUGUUGUAAAGCUAAGAAAAUAGAAUUAUCUGUAACUUCAAGCCCGUACCAGCACCAAGGGGCGAUUAUCAGCAGACAGACGCCUCUUUGAGUCGACAGUCAAAAUUCCUUCAGGUUGCAGUGAUGGAUGAAGAGAACAAAGACCCUAAGCAAUCUCAGCAGGAAGAUGAAAACGAAGAAAAGAAGGAAUCCGAAACUGGCUUGGCAAAGGAUGGGCAAAUAAAGGACACAACCAUCUCAAAUCAUACCUGUCCCAGAACGGAGGAGAAAAUACUUUGUCCGGAACAGAUAUUCAUCCUGAAAGCUUUGCAUCAAAUUGUUGAAAGUAAUAUAAAAAAUGAGAAAAAGAAAGCAUGCUGCAAACUUGCAGAAACAAAACAGAAAUGCCCAAAACGUUCAAAGGCUUGUAGGAAGAGACCGGAGCAGAAGCACACUGGCACAGGAGAUUCUAAUUUGUCAUGUGAAGACAAUAAAAACUCGGUCUCUGAAACUGAGACUAUCCUGAGUGGUCUCGCUUGUGCAUUAAAUUACUUGGAAAAUGCAUACAAUACAAUGCCCUCAAGUACUUGCAUCCAUCCAUUUGAAGAUACCUUGGAUUAUGGAGCUGUGUAUGUGGAUGAGGAAACUGCUGAAGUGGAGAUUGUAGCUGAGGUGCAGGUUGGCAAUAUUGGAUCUUAUUCUGCGUUAUGUUCAGGAAUUCUCCAACAAAAUCAUCAACGGAGAUUACAGAAAUCGGCGUAUCUAAGUACCUCAGGGCGACAACUCAAAGGUGGACAAUCAUCAGUUAUAUAUAAAGAGACUGUUUCUGAGCCUUCAAGAAUUGCAAUAUCUCCAGAACAUUUAAGGACACCAUUGACUGUAAGACCGUGUUCAACAAGGACUCACAGAACUAAGAUUAAUGAGAAUCACAGUUCUUUAUUUGAUCCUCAUAUUGCUCAACUCAGACAGCCAAAUCAUUAUCCCCUCCAGAAGCACCCACAGUCUUUAUCAGCAAAUGUACUUCCUGGACUUUACCCUACAGUCUCGUGUUCAGCAAAUACAUCCUUAACAUUAACGUUGCAAGAUAACCUUUGUUAUCAUAGGACUGCUCUAAUACAGGACAAAACAGAAGCAGCUGUGCAGGAUACUUCUGAUGUGGUGACUAUGUGGGGAUUAACACUUGGAAAUGGUACAGAGGUAUCAAGUGGACAGCAGAGACCUCUUGGUGGGGAAGGUUCAACAUCAAAUAAUCCCCAUUCCCAGCCUCCUAACUCAUUGGAAAAAAUAGAUUCCAGUUCAUCAUCUUCAUCUUCCUCUACCUCUCAUGUCCCAGUGCUGUCAGGAGAAGGCAGUGGAGCAAAUUCAAGCCGGUCCCAGGAUCUGGAUAUUUAUGACCCAUUUCACCCAACUGAUGAGGAGAAUGUGAACGGAGACUAUGUAUAUGCAGACUCUCCUGAAAAAGAAAAUGAUGAACAGGAGGAUCAAAAAUAUGAUCCAUUUGAACCUACAGGGUCUAAUCCUAGUUCUUCUGAGCAUAGCCCAUCUCCAUAUGAGGAUGAUGAUGAUGAUGAUGAUAUGGUGAAUGCAACACAUCCUGAGGGACUUAUUUCAGAAGCUUUGGCUGGAAUCUACGAUGAGAAUAGUCUGAGCCAGGAAUUUCCAGAUUGUCAAAAGGAGAAGGAAGAAUUUCAGACUGAAGAGUCUGAUAAAGGUCCAGGUGUGGAAGAGCAUGACAGCAGUAUUGAGCUUGAUAAUAGUAAAACUGAGCAAAGAUUUUCUAAAGAUCCACCAGGCUCUGCCACAAAAGAGUGUUCAAAGUUAGACUUUGAGCCUUAUAGUCCUAGUUCUAGCCUAGAUUUGGAUAGGAUAGAUGAUGCUGAGGAUGUUUCCAGAGAAGUGUCAGAAGAAAAAGUAAUUAAAGAAUCACCUGUUGCUGACUCAACCCUAAAUGAGGAAAGUGUAUCAGAGGUUUUGCUAGAACCUAGAAGAAGAGUGUUUGCAGUAGAUGUUGGUAAGGAUUAUAAUAGAAAAACAGAAUUUUCUUCUGAACCAAGUUCUGAACCAAAGUUGGAAAUAAAAGUUUCAUUAGAAUCUGUUGCAAAGCCAGAUGUAAAAUCUUAUCUGAGGAUGGAAAAAAUUGCCAAACUAGGAGGUGAGUCACGAAGCCGCCAUAAACAGAAACGGUCAUCUGAAAGAAGAGAUUAUGGAGAAGACUCCGAUCCAAAGUAUGAUUCUGAAAUUGAAGAAGGAGAGAUUGUUCAGCCUGAUGAGGAUCGAUUUAGUCCUAUGCCUUUAUUUCGUAGUAGGUGUAGAGUUAUGGAGAGACCAUUGAGAAUGGUGGAGGGAGAUGACUUCCUUUCUCUUCACGCAGAUUCAGAUGAGGAAGGAGCUUUGCAGAUUGACUUUGGAGAUAAUCAGGUAGAUAACAGAUGGAAAGGACUAGAUUUGCGACGGAAAAUUACAAACCAGCGUAGAGAGAGGUAUAGGAAAAAAUCAGUCUCUCCCUCAAAAUCCAAAAGGCGUUCUAAAUCACGAUCAGUUUCCAGCUCACGUAGUCAUAAAAAGGCUAAACGUGAAAGUAAGAGAUCCAGAGAGCGAAAAAGAUCAAAAGAGCCUCGGGUUUCAACUGCAACGUGGUCUACAAAGAAAUCAAAAGACAGUAAGGACCGCAAACGCUCACGAUCACGUUCUUACCACAAAACUUCUCGUUCUCGAUCACGAGACCAUAGAAGAUCUCGAUCAUGGUCACCCUCCAUCAGCACUAGCAUUUCUGCUGUAGGAUCCUCUCGUACUUCAGCUGAAAGGCGGAAAAGUUGGAGAUCUAAAUCAAAGGAUAAAAGGCGUUAUUGGUCUCGUUCAGCAAGCACUGAUCGCUCUCGAAAAGAUAAACACAAAGAAAAACAUCGAUCAGAAGGAAAGAAAAAGAAAAAGCGUUCUCGUUCCAGAUCUAAGGAUAGAGAAAGGAGGUCUUCACGUAGAUCAAGUGAUAGGAGGGACAGAGUGAGAGAGAGGGCAAGGCACCCCUUAGAUGAUGCAAAGACUGACAAUCCACCAUUAUUAGAAAGGAGGAGGAGAGACAGUCGGUCAGUGGUGCCUCCAUCUAUACAAGACCUUAAUAAUUCUGAUCUGUUUACCAUUAAAAGAACAAUUACUGUGAACCCAGAGGAAAAACUGGAGGAUCGUGAGGACUUACUCAAUUCCCCUGAAGCAGCGGGUAAAAGAGAAGUUCUUUAUGAUUCUGAAGGCCUCAGCUUUGAAGCAUAUUCUGAUCGUGAAAUACUGGAUGACAGAGAUAGUAAAAAUAGAGUGUUUGAAAGGCACUCGGGGAAGGCUGAAAGUAGCAAGAGACGGAUACAUAUUGACUUUGAAAAGAAACGUGCAGAGGAAGAAGAAAACAGGCAAAAAGCUAAUAAGGAAAGAGACAGAAAAAGAAGUUAUACAGAUGAUAGCCGUGACAGAUACAAAAAGAGAUUUAAAGAUGUACCUGAUCUAGAACCUGAGCCACUGAAAUUAGAAAAAGAGAAGAUACGUACAGAAAAGGAUAAGACUUCAAAGAAACUUAAGGCAAGUCAUAGAGAAGGUAAAGGAGGAGCUGCCAGAAAGGUUAAACUGCAGUCUAAAGUGGCUGUGCUCAUUAGAGAAGGUGUGAGCAGCACUACAUCUGUUAAGGAAGCUGGAUCUAUUGGAGUUAAAUUCAGUCGAGACAGAGAGAGCCGUUCCCCUUUCCUUAAACCUGAAGAAAAGCUUAUUGAUAAAACAAAUCGACCAAAGCUUGAAACAACAGAUCCUCAGGAACCUCUUAUGAAGCCUAAGAAACUUAAAGGCCUAAAAACAAAGACUGGAGUCAAAAAGAUAAAACCUACAGGUGCUCCAGGAGUCCUUGUUAAACCCAAGGGCACCCUUGAAAAGAAAAAACGAAAACUUAAAAAUAAAGCCUUGUUAAAAAAGUCUAAAGCAGAUAGUUGCAGUAAGGAGUUACCAAGCCCAAUCCAAGCCAAAGAUGAGCCAAUAUGGUCAGACACUGAGACAACUGAGAGUAAAGUGAAACCCCCAAGUCCUCCCAAGCCAGCCAAUGAGCAGGAGCUUACCCCCGAUUCCCAGACAGUGGACAGUAGUUGCAAAACACCAGAUGUUUCAUUCUUACCUGAGGAACCCCCUCCUGAAACUGAAAGAAGUAUUGACCUAGAAGUAGAUAGCAUCUCUGAACCAAAAGAGGAUCCACCACGUCCCCCACCUGCCCCAAUGCCAUGGAACUUACAGUCAGGAGUGGACUGUACCACAAGUGGAGUUCUAGCAUUGACUGCUUUGCUGUUUAAGAUGGAGGAGGCCAAUAUUGCAAGCAGGGCCAAGGCACAGGAGCUAAUUCAAGCUACUAAUCAGAUCCUCAGUCAGACAAAGCCUUCUACCUCCUUAGUUUCACAGCCUCCACCGCCUCCCAUGAUCUCUUCUCUUGGUCACUCGGCUCCUUCUUACCUUCUUCAUAGCAGUCUGCCGCUCAGCAGUAACUCCAGCCCCCCAACACCACCUGGUAUUUCAACUUUAAGCAACCAGGGAAUAGCUGGCUCAGCGUCUAGUAUAUUUUUCUCCUCAUCCACAGCUGAUAUUGGCAAAAGGGAAGGAAGCAUAAGUUCUGAGGGCAAAGGUGACACGGACAAGUAUCUGAAAAAACUGCACACACAGGAAAGAGCUGUUGAGGAAGUAAAGCUUGCUAUCAAACCAUAUUAUCAAAGAAAAGAGAUCACCAAGGAAGAUUACAAGGAUAUUUUACGCAAGGCAGUGCAUAAGAUUUGUCACAGCAAAAGCGGAGAAAUAAAUCCAGUUAAAGUUAACAAUCUGGUGAAAGCUUAUGUCCAGCGUUACAAGUACUUCCGGAAACAUGGGAAGAAGAUGGACGACGAAGACAGCAGUAUCCAUUACCGCACUGGGAAAGAGCAGGGGUUAAUGGACAAAGGGAUUCCAACUUUACCGUUAAUUUAAAUUGAAGGGACUUUAUAAUCGUAUACUGUCAAUUUAAAUAAAAAAAAGCCAGUUUUGAUUGCUAGAUUAAAAAAAAAAAGUAUAAAAAAAGAAGCUUUUAUGCAAAUAUUUGUUCGACUUUAGAAAUAACUAUCUUUAGAAAUAAAAUAUAUGUAAGUGACUCAUGAAUUCUGCUUCCCUGAAGUGUACUGUUGUUAGACAGCGGACCCUUCUGCAUCUGGGGAUACAUUCACACGUUGCUAUGUAGAGAUGCACAGGACUUUUAUUUGCUUACGCUCUGACUUUAAACAGACAAUUCUCUUGUAAAUAUUUCUGCUUCACAGAACUGCUGCUGUUACCCAUAAUGUUGUCUAAUGUACUUUAAUUCUCACAGAUCAUUUUUAUCUCCCUCGUUUUAUUUUAUUUUUGCAUGAUUUGAUGUCUUCAGUUUUUAUCCCCAGGAUAGCUCAUCUUCAUUAUAUCUUGCUGACUUAAUAUUGUUAGCUGAAUUAAAAUAACAUCAUGUAAACUUGCUUGUUUCUUGAUUUUUAUGCAAUGGUCUCAUUUAAAAAUCAACAUUUUGUAUUUGAGAUUUCUAAAUGUGUGUUGUUAAUCUAGUGUUUGUUCAGAUUUUGUUUGCAAUCUUCUACCUCUAACAUGGAGAAUAUGUUUCAUGAUUAGCUUGAUGGACUUUUUAUUUUCCAUGUAUAUAAAAGGGCAAUGAUACCCACACGUUGAAACACUUGAAAGUGAUGCAGCAUAGCUGUUAAAAGCUGAAUAGAAAAUAUCACCUGAACAUCUAUAUGUAAAAAAGUAAGAUAUUUUACCUCAAAAUGUCCUAAGUAUUCACACCCCAUUGUAAAGGACUUUAAGCAGCAAAUCAGUAUGUCUGUCCUGGGACAGCCAAGGGAGUGAGCUUUCAUGCACACUCAUGUUAUUUCCCUAUUCAGUUUAUGGAAGUUUACUAUGAGAUCACAGUAAAAGAGUUCAUGACCUCAGCACUGCUGAUGCUGAUUUGGCUGCUGUUUAAUUUCUUUUUUUUUAACCAGCAGCUGAGUAACUUUUACACAGGGCUUACUCUGGUGAGCUGAGGAAAUUGUGAGGUAAAAUAUCUUCCUUUUUUACAUAGAGAUGCUCAGGUGAUAUUUUCCUGUCAGCUUUUUACAGUUAUACUGCAUCCGUUUCAAGUGAUUUAGCAUAUGAGUAUUAUGUCCCUUUAAGGCCCUAUGUAACUUAGGUCUUGAUAACUUACUGGGAAGUGGAAAAAUGAAUUUGCAGUUUAAAGGCAUAAACAUUAGACUUAUACUGAAACAUUUUCCAUAAACCAUACAAGCAAUGAAACAAGUGUUUUUAUGAAAAAAGGUUUAAGCCAGUUCAAAUCUAAACUGAGACCUGUAGAAAAUGAACCCUGACAUAUUAAUGCCCACUGGCUGAUCGGAACAGUUAGACAACAAAAGGCUUAUUGGUUUAUUCAGCACAAGAAAAGACAUAAAAAGUCUCAAAUUAAUUUGUAAACAUCAUUUUAAUGGAACAGAACAAAAGUGAGAACAAUGUCAUUUUAAAUGCAACAAUAUUCUAUGCUGCUUUUUCUCUGGGGAACUUUUAACAGAAAGGUAAAAAUGGCAAUAGUAGCAAUUAGACCACUGGUUUUCAAACCUGUUGUCAGGCCUCCCUAACAGGCCAGCUUUUGAGGAUAUCUGAACUGCAGCACACGUGAAAUAAUCAGCUGUUUAAUAAACAUGGUUAUUUUACCUGCUCUAACUGAAGGUAAUCCCGAAAAUCUGGCCUGUUAGGGAGGCCGGAGGACAGGUUUGAAAACAAGUGAAUUACAAAUGUUGAUCGUUUCUUCACAUUCAAAUGCUCAAUGCUUCAAUCACACUUGUUUCCAGUUGUGCCGAACCAUGUGAGUUUAUUGUUUUUAUUUGAAAUUGUGAAUCCCAGUUAGGAGACAAAUACGAGUUUUAGUUUAUCGUGUUUUGAGCAGGAAUAGGUUUGUUAAAGUACUAACAACGUAAUUAUUUUUUUAGUUUAUUUGUGCUUGUUUUACAGCCUGCACAAAUUAAAUCCAACAAAUGUUUUUAUUAAAACAAAAUGUAUACAGGGUCGGACGACAUUCAAAAGUCCAAUUUAUAUAUUAUAUCUGUAUUUACUUUAAGCAAUUAUAUGUUAUGGACUUGUGAGUAUGGCUAAUAUAUUAAAUGUGAACAAUAUUGAUUAAAUGUAAAACUAUUA